UUAUGUCUCUUCUCGAUCGCUUUUGGGAGGUUGUUGAUUAUGGUUAGCACGACACGUGCUGACAUUUUCAUUAUUUUCUGUGAUUUUACAAACAACAAAUAAAGCUUUCUCUACUCUUUAAGAAGCCUUCUUCGGUCUAUCGGUCAGCACCCUGCGUUUCCAAGGAUUUCUGAACAGGAACAAUCUUCCAUCAUGGGGGCUUACUUGUCGCAGCCCAACACAGUAAAAUCUGUUGCUGACGGAGGCAGCAAAAAUAUGAGCUACGGAUAUGCAGCCAUGCAAGGCUGGCGCGUUUCUAUGGAGGAUGCUCACAACUGCAUUCCGGAACUGGAUGACGAAACUGCCAUGUUUGCAGUUUAUGAUGGACAUGGAGGUGAGGAGGUUGCAUUGUACUGUUCCAAAUACCUGCCUGAAAUCAUAAAAGAACAAACUGCAUACAAAGACGGCAAAUUGCAAAAGGCCCUGGAGGAUGCAUUCCUAGCAAUUGACAGCCAGAUGACAACUGAGGAAGUGAUCAAAGAGCUGGCCCAAAUUGCAGGCAGACCACAAGAGGAAGAGGUGAAAGAGAAGGUUGCUGAUGAAGACGAUGUGGACAAUGAGGAAGCUGCACUUUUGCACGAAGAGGCCACCAUGACAAUCGAGGAGUUACUGAUCCGCUAUGGGCAGAACUUGAACUCUGUCAAAAAUGGCAAAAAGCCCUGCCCCAUGGCCAAGAAGAAGCCUGAGGAAGGGGAGAAGCCCCACUCAGGCAAAGACAUUAAUGGGGAGGCACCAUGUGAGAGCCCAGAGCAGGACAGCAGCAGCAGCAGGAAAGCCAAGGCUGACAGCAUGGGGGGUUCAAACACCAGGGCCUGUCAGAGCUCAGGGGAGAGCGGGGUGGGGUCCUGCUCAGUAGAGGAAGCUAAGGCCGAGGGGGAGGCUGGGGGGACAGGGGACGCUGGUCCCUCCUGCUCAUCAUCUUCCUCCCAGCCCCAGUGGGGCAGCAAGUCCAAGUUCUUUGAGGACAGUGAUGAGUCAGAGGAAGGGGAGGAUGCAGAGGAAGAUGACAGUGAGGAGGAGGACUGCAGUGAAGAUGAGGGUGAUUACAGCAGUGGAGAAGAGGAGGAUGAGGAGGAAGAUAGUGAUGCUGAGGAUGAGAUGUGCCUUCCUGGAAUGGAUGGGAAAGAAGAGCCGGGCGCUGACAGUGGUACCACAGCCGUAGUAGCCCUGAUCCGAGGCAAGCAGCUGAUCGUUGCGAAUGCAGGGGACUCGCGCUGUGUAGUGUCAGAGCGAGGAAAGGCAGUGGACAUGUCCUACGACCACAAACCAGAAGACGAGCUGGAGCUGGCCCGAAUAAAGAACGCUGGUGGGAAGGUGACCAUGGACGGCCGUGUCAACGGAGGACUCAACCUCUCCAGGGCUAUUGGAGAUCACUUUUACAAACGGAACAAGACUCUUCCUCCAGAGGAGCAGAUGAUCUCUGCUCUGCCCGACGUCAAAGUACUGACUCUCAAUGAAGACCACGACUUCAUGGUCAUCGCAUGCGACGGAAUCUGGAAUGUCAUGAGCAGCCAGGAGGUGGUGGACUUUGUUAGCAAGAGAAUAAAGCCUGAUGAGAAUGGUGAUGUCAGACCACUGUCAUCGAUUGUUGAAGAGCUGUUGGACCACUGCCUGGCACCGGACACCUCUGGGGAUGGCACAGGCUGUGACAACAUGACUUGCAUCAUUAUCACCUUCUCACCACACCCCUGCAGCAGCCAGGGUGAGGGGGGCAAGAAGCGCAAGCCCGACCAGAGCUAUCUGGAAAAGAAUGGGAAUGACAGCAAGAAGACAAAAACCGAAUAAAAAUGGCCAGUUUAAUGGGCCAAGUCUUUUUAGGAAACCAAUCAAACUGGUCAACUUGGAUUUUUGACAACCGUGUGUCCAGCAAUACAUUUAGAAUAGAAGCUCAAGAGGCACAGCGAAAUUACCCCCAUGGAAAAACAUGUACGUCAUGUGCAUGUAUGUCAGAAGAACAUUUUCAAAAUGUUUUCUGAUCAACAGAAAAUCUUCUCAAGGCAAAAUGCAGCAGAGCCAUAGAUUUUUUUUCCCUCAUUUGUUGAAGAAUUUUAGAUGGGACAUGGUUCUGGAGCCUACC